AUGGUAUUUUAUUUUACAAGUAAUGUAGUUGCUCCACCUGUUACACUCUUCAUGGGUGCGGAUAAACAUGAAAAUGAAGACUUAAUUAAGUGGGGCUGGCCAGAAGAUGUGUGGUUUCACGUUGAUAAAGUGUCUUCGGCACAUGUAUAUCUCCGCUUGGCCCAGGGUCAAACCAUCGAUGACAUUCCUAAUUCAGUCCUGGAUGAUGCCUGUCAGUUGGUCAAAGCUAAUUCUAUAAUGGGCAACAAAAUGAAUGAUAUUGAUAUUGUUUAUACCAUGUGGUCUAAUUUAAAGAAAACUGCAGGUAUGGAGGCUGGACAAGUGGCAUUCCAUAAAGACAAAGAUGUCAGAAAAGUUCGAGUAGCUAAAAGAUGCAAUGAGGUUGUAAAUAGACUAAAUAAAACUAAAAAAGAAGCUUUUCCUGACCUCAGGCUCGAAAGAGAGACUAGAGACAGAUUAGAAAGAGAAGAUAAGAAGAAAAUUUUGAGAGAAAAGAAAGAUAAGGAGAAGGAGGAGGAAAAAAGAAAAAAAGAAGAAGCAGAAUUAAGAAGUUACUCUACAUUGAUGAAAACAGAACACAUGACAAGCAACUAUGAUGGCAAUGAUUCUGAUGAUUUUAUGUAG